CUAAUAAGUGUAAAUUGUUAAAUGUCAAAUGUCAAUAUACAGUUUGGGAAAAAUUUGAAAUAAUCCAAACUUAAAAAGUACUAAGAAAAAUUAAUGUUACUUGCAUUCGGCUAAUUCGCAACUUACCGUAUUUCCAAGUCCGAACAAACAAAUGAUGGAAAUAUCAUUCAAAGGAAAACGGAUUCUAGUUACUGGUGCUGGUCAAGGGAUUGGUCGAGGGAUUGCUGUAGAAUUAUGGAGAGCUGGGGCAAAUAUUGUAGCAUUAUCUAGAACAAGAUCACAUUUAGAGGCCUUACAAAGCGAAUAUCCUUCAAUUGACAUUGUUGAUGUAGAUAUAGCUGAUUGGGAAAAGACCCGUAGCAUAGUAGAAUCUUUGGGACCGUUUGAUGCAUUAGUAAACAAUGCUGCAAUUGCCAUAUGUGAACCUUUCCUUACAAGUUCUUCAUCCAGUUUUGAUAUGACUUUUGAUGUCAAUGUUAAAGCAGUUUUAAAUAUAAGCCAAGUUGUAGCGCGAAAAAUGAUAGAAAAAAAAAUCAAUGGGGCAAUUGUAAAUAUAUCUUCUCAAGCUUCUAAAGCUGCUCUACAAGAUCAUACAAUAUAUAGUGCUUCAAAAGCAGCUCUCGAUGCUUUAACCAGAGCAAUGGCCUUAGAAUUGGGGCCGCAUGGAAUAAGGGUUAAUGCUGUCAAUCCUACAGUAAUAAUGACUGCCAUGGCGAAAGUUGGUUGGUCUGAUGAAAAGAAAAGCUCAGAAAUGCUAUCUAAGAUUCCAUUAAGAAGAUUUGGUGAGGUUCAAGAAGUGGUGAAUGCUGUAGUGUUCCUAUUAAGUGAGCGAGCCAGCAUGAUAACUGGUGUUGAAUUGCCAGUUGAUGGAGGAUUUCUAGCAACAUAAUGCUAUUGAAGAUCUGUUAAUAUUAAGUACCAAAGAAAAU